CGUUUUUUUCAUUUCCAAAUCUUUGUUCUUCUUCUUUGCAUUAUUUGUUUUUGUUUCUGUUUGAUUAUUGUCAAGUUCAAAAUGUGUGGAAUACUUGCUGUGCUUGGUUGCUCUGAUGACUCUCAGGCCAAAAGGGUUCGCGUGCUUGAGCUCUCUCGCAGGUUGAAGCAUCGUGGUCCUGACUGGAGUGGUAUUUACCAGCACGGAGACUUUUAUUUGGCUCAUCAACGUCUAGCCAUUAUUGAUCCUGCUUCUGGUGAUCAGCCUCUUUAUAAUGAAGACAGGAAGAUUGUUGUCACGGUUAAUGGAGAAAUUUACAAUCAUGAACAACUGAGGAAGCGUUUGAAGAAUCACAAGUUCCUUACUGGCAGUGAUUGUGAAGUUAUUGCUCAUCUGUACGAGGAGUAUGGAGAAAAUUUUGUGGACAUGUUGGAUGGAAUGUUUUCAUUUGUGCUGUUGGAUACCCGUGAUAAUAGCUUCAUUGCUGCUCGGGAUGCUAUUGGAAUCACUUCCCUGUACAUUGGCUGGGGUCUAGAUGGCUCUGUUUGGAUAUCUUCAGAACUCAAGGGUCUGAAUGAUGACUGUGAACAUUUUGAGACUUUUCCUCCCGGUCAGUUGUACUCGAGCAAAUCUGGAGGAUUUAAGCAAUGGUAUAAUCCUCCUUGGUUCUCUGAGGUUGUUCCUUCGACUCCAUAUGAUCCACUUGCUCUACGACGGGCAUUUGAAAAUGCUGUAAUCAAAAGGCUGAUGACUGAUGUCCCUUUCGGAGUCCUGUUAUCUGGGGGCCUUGAUUCAUCGUUGGUAGCUUCAAUCACAGCACGCCACUUAGCUAGUGCAAAGGUUGCUAAGCAAUGGGGAACACAACUUCAUUCCUUUUGUGUUGGCCUAGAGGGUUCUCCAGAUUUGAAGUCUGCAAGAGAAGUUGCAGACUACUUGGGUACUGUGCAUCAUGAAUUUCACUUCACUGUUCAGGAUGGAAUUGAUGCAAUUGAAGACGUGAUCUACCAUAUUGAAACAUAUGACGUGACGACUAUCAGGGCAAGCACACCUAUGUUUCUUAUGGCACGUAAGAUUAAGUCACUUGGGGUAAAGAUGGUGAUGUCUGGUGAGGGCUCUGAUGAGGUUUUUGGCGGCUAUUUGUACUUCCACAAGGCACCUAACAAGGAAGAAUUCCACCGUGAAACAUGUCACAAGAUAAAGGCCCUCCACCAGUACGAUUGCUUGAGAGCAAACAAAUCAACAUCUGCAUGGGGUCUGGAAGCUCGAGUACCCUUCCUCGAUAAAGAUUUUAUUAAUGUGGCAAUGGCUAUAGAUCCUGAGUGGAAGAUGAUCAAACCAGAAGAAGGUCGUAUUGAGAAGUGGGUUCUUAGGAGGGCCUUUGACGAUGAAGAGCGUCCCUAUCUGCCAAAGCAUAUUUUGUACAGGCAGAAGGAACAAUUUAGUGAUGGGGUUGGCUAUAGUUGGAUUGAUGGCCUCAAAGCCCAUGCUGCACAACAUGUGACGGAUAAGAUGAUGCAAAAUGCUCAGCACAUCUACCCACACAACACCCCUUCCACAAAAGAAGCCUACUAUUAUAGAAUGAUCUUUGAGAGGUUCUUCCCACAGAACUCAGCUAGACUGACCGUCCCUGGAGGGCCUAGUGUAGCCUGUAGCACUGCGAAAGCUAUAGAGUGGGAUGCUGCUUGGGCGAACAAUCUUGAUCCCUCUGGUAGGGCUGCCCUGGGAGUCCAUCUUUCAGCCUAUAGCCACCAGGCAGCUACCACCACUGCUAUGAAGCUGCCAUCAAAGGUCAUUGAUGAUAUGCCACGGAUGAUGGAAAUUAGCACCCCAGAACUUGCAAUCUCCAGCUAGUGCCUGUUAGAAGACAAUAAAGUGGGUGAAACUUAUGGCUUCAAUGGAUCUUUUAGAUAUCCUUUUGGAUUGUAAUAUUGAUUUAGGCACUGUGUACAAGUUAGAAAAAUGUUCCUUGUGGUUGUUUAAAUAUGUGUUAUCAUCAUCAUCAUCAUCAUCUUCUUCUUCUUUUCAAUUCUGUUAUCAAUAAGUUGUACUUGCUUAAAUGAAAAUGGCAACUUUCCUUUGUGUUAAGAUCUGUUCACAAGGGUUGGAUGAUUCCUUUCAGUAUUUUUGUAUACAAAAGAAAAAAUUAUCAAUGAGAACAAACUCUUCUGUACUGAUA